GCGCAAAAUCAGAUGCAGACUAAUCAUUUCUAAUCCUAAAGAAAAUCACAUAAAUAAAAUGUUGGAAUUACAAGGUUUUAGAUAACAAUGAGUUAAAUUAUGUAGGUAAAUAUAAUUAUAGUACAAAUAUGUCCACAAUAGUACAAAAAGUAUUUUUGUCGUACAAAAAUUUUUCCAAAAGGCAUUUGACUGUUUUAAACUCUAUACAAACGGGUAUUUUGUUGGGAUCUAGCGAUUUGGUGGCGCAAAAGUUUGUCGAAAAACGAGAAAACAUCGAUUUUUAUAGAAGCUUGCAGUUUAUUGGCAUAGGAGCACUUUUUGUGGGUCCGUAUUCAUCAGUGUUUUUCAAAAAAUUGACGCUUUUCUACGAAACCAGCAAACACAGUAAGAAGAGUGUGGUUUUGCAGAAAGUACUUUUGGAUCAAUUUGUUUUCGCGCCAAUUUUAGUGGCGGGAGUGGUUUUCGGGAAAAAUGCUUUACAGGGGAAAAAUCGGGAUGAAAUUAGGUUGGAGUUUCAGGAUAAAUAUUUGGAAAUUAUUAAGAAUAACUAUGUGGUUUGGCCCUUUUUAAAAAUAGUUAAGUAUAAUUAUGUGCCAAUGUAUUACCAUGUUUUGUAUUCUCAGAGUUUUGCGUUUUUCUGGAAUAUUUAUGUUACUUGGAAAAUAAAUUGCGACAUAAAUGAAGAAAAUUGGAAAAAAGUAAGGUUAUAAGUGUUUGACAGUUAGAUAUAAUAUUAAAUAAAAUUGCCUUUAAAUUUCUUGCGUUAGUUGACUAAAAUAUUGUGUGCAAUAUACUAUAAUUAUAUGUUAUUUUAGUUUUUUUAAUAAUAAAUUUUUUUGUAACAAAACUUGUAUUAUAAAAUUUGUUAACAUGUUAAUCACUUUCUUCAUCUUCAUUGUCUUCUAUAUCAUCGCUAAAAUCGUCAAAAUCAUCAUCAUCAUCAUCCUUAACUUUUAAAUCGUUAAGUUUUGACAUUAGAUCUUCUUUUUGCUGAUCAUCAGUGACUUUUUCAUCUUUUUCCUUAUCUUCAAGGCCUUUUUUCUCCAUGUACCUCAAAAACGUCCUUCUCUUACGUUCUGGUAAAGAUUGCAGCAGAGCCUUCAUUUCGUUAUCCAAUUUAAUUUGUUCCCUUUUAUCAGGGGGUGCCGGCACAAUUUCCUUAGAUUGGCAACACUUGGUGCAAACUUCAAGUUUUCUACCACAAUCGAAACACAUAACGUGAUAAGCUUUUUUUACGGUUUUUUGUUCGCACUUUACGCAUUUUUUCGGCUGCGAGAGCGGUUUGUAUUUUUUGUACUUAAUUUUCCAUUCUAUUAUUUCCUUGCAGCGAACACAAACAUCACUUACAUGCAAGCUGUUUAUUAAUUUGGUUUUCGUACUUUUAUCGUGCAAAUUGUUCUUAAAGGCCGAUCGGUUUUUGUAUUUUUGGGGCCUAGUCCUCCCUGUAUUCCCUUUCUGGGAACUCAUGGUCACAGAAACCCAAAGAAUCUGAAACAAAAAGAAAUUAUCUCAACACUUUUUCUUUAACG